AUGUCACCUCCCGGUCUUGAUGGCUUUUUAUCUUCCUUGAAGGUGUACUACGACUCAGGCCUUAUGUCUGAUGCUGUCAUCACUUGUAAUGACAACGUUUUCAAGACUCACAGAGUACUCUUGUCGGCUCAUUCCAAGUACUUUGCCACAGCGCUGAACGGUCUAUGGAUGGAAACAACACAAAGCAAGAUCGAAAUUAAGGAUUUCGAAACAAAUGUUGUAGAAGCUAUGCUGUCCUUCAUCUAUUCGUUCGACUACGACGCCGCCAGCGAUUCUUCCUCCAUGGUGUUUGAUGCCCAGGUCUACCAGAUUGCCGAUAAAUACGAUAUACCGGCCCUGAAGAUAUGCUCUAAAGAGAAAUUCGCUUCUGCUAUCACUGCUGGCUGGAAUACGGAUGACUUUCCGGUCGCUGUCAGCAUAGUCUAUGAAACUACUCCCUUGGAAGACAGGGGGCUUCGCGAUUUGGUUGUGGAUAUCGCGCAAAAGAACAUUGACACGCUCGUUGGGCGCGACGGGUUUUGUGAACUUCUCAGAAAGACCGCCGACUUUGCCGCUGAUCUGAUCCUUUUCUUGUGUGGUGGUCAACCUAACACUGAAAAGUUCAGAUGCCCUUAUUGUAGCCAUGUACUUCGAGGCGCAUACGCUCAGGGUACAUUUACGUGCCCAAAGUGUAAUCGUCGUCUCUCAAACUGGAACUCAUACCGGAUCUAA